AAAUCCAAAUGAGGCAAAAAUCAGCCGGGUUGGGUAUGUGCUGGUGUUCUCAACGAUGGAAAUUUAAGGUUUCCUACUUACUAAACUCAAGUUUUAAGCUGAAGUUUUUCAAGUAACUUAAGUUAGUCGUCACAAUUAUAAAAAGUACAAAUUAAAAGGAACAUGCAUGUGGCUGAUUCCUUUUUCAAGUGAGAACAUUAGGAAGGAUUACGCAUAAAGUUAACCAAUUACUCGACCAGUAAUUAAUUAUGCCGGUUGUUAUGAGUGAAUUGUGAUUGUGUCAUCUUUAAUGUUAUGGACAUUGUGGAGACAUACUGUAGUCAAAAUGUCUGACCUUGCUGCAAUCACGUACAAUUUAAAUCGUGUUCGAGAACUGGUCAGAGCGGCUGCAGAUUGUCGAUCUCAGGAGUUACAACAAGCAUUCCCGAUUCCAAGACUUGUCGCCGUGAGUAAGACCAAACCUAAGGAAUGUAUUAUACAAGCUUACAAGGAUGGACAACAACAUUUUGGGGAGAACUAUGUUCAAGAAUUAGUCGACAAGGCGUCAGACCCUCAGCUGCAACAAGAAUGCUCAGAUGUCAAGUUUCACUUUAUCGGCCAUCUUCAAAAGAAUAAGAUUUCUAAGUUACUUUCAGUCGUGGAAAAGCUCUUUGUCGUCGAAACUAUCGAUUCGGAAGGAUUAGCCCAAAAUUUAAAUGAUGCUUGUGAACGACGAGGAAUUACAGAGCGAUUAAACAUUAUGGUUCAAGUUAACACAAGUGGAGAAAGCACCAAGUCCGGAGUGCCACCAGAAAGUUGUGGAAAACUGGUCCAGUAUAUCGGCGAACGAUGUCCGAAACUUAAUUUCUUGGGGUUGAUGACAAUUGGAGCCUAUGAGCAUGAUCAUGAACCAAACAAAGAUUUUAUUAUGUUGUCCGAUAUUCGUACCAAAAUUUGCAACGAACUCAACAUGAAAAUUUCUGCAGUGGAGCUAUCAAUGGGAAUGUCAGCGGAUUAUGAGGAAGCGAUUCAACUCGGAAGUAGUAACGUUCGUGUUGGGUCCAUUAUUUUUGGGCCCCGUUUACCCCCUCCUACUUCUAGCUAAAGUAGUUUCCUGUGCAGGACUAAAUUACUAUGUUAGUUAAAUUAAGGUCCUGUAAACCUGAUUAAAUUGUAUCAAAAGAUUUAUUUCUUGAAUUAUACAGAAUUUAAAACGAA